AGCACAGACAAGCUGGAUACCAAAGAUGGGAUUUCACUCCUUUCCCUCAAGCACCACCUUAUGAUGUCGUAUCUCAACUCGCUGGUCCUCCUAUCCUCCCAUCGGUUACUUGGACAUCCGCUGACACAACGGUCUCCGCCUCCCGCGCCGUUCUCAUCGGAACAACGCUCAUUGAGAGGUGGCGACGAGCCAGGCGCAGGCGAUCUCAUCGACCAUAUGAAUGAAGAUAGGGUCAUCCUGGACAAAAUCAAGUUUCUCGAAGGGAGAAUGCGUUAUCAAAUUGACAAGCUUGUUCGUCUUGCACAAGAGGCGCCAAUGAAGAAUAAAGAUGUCGUGGACGACCCGCUGGCCUUCAGGCCGAAUCCUCAGAACCUUCUCAACGUCGAAGCCUCUGGAUCAGGCUCCGAAGAUGACGAUGAGAACGAAGAUGACGUUAGCAACCAGCGGACAGGGAUAUAUCGUCCCCCCAAGCUAGCGCCCAUGCCAUACACCGAGGCUCCUCGGAAGAAGAAAACUAAGGAAGAGCGAGAAAUGGAACGGGCUCGUCCACCGAAUGCACUCUCGUCUCUUGCCUACCUCGAUCCAUCUCGGCCAGCCCUGGAGAGCACAUCCGGCCUCGGCGGCGACGUCGCUUUGCAGGCGCACUCCGCUCGGGCACGCAACGUACGCCGGCUGACAGAGUUCGAGGAGGAGAACUUCACGCGUCUCGUGAUGAAGAAGAAGGAUGCCAAUAGGCGGCUGCGCGAUGAGGAGGCGUUGGCCAUGGGCCUUAACCCGGGCGCUUUGGAUAACCGCCGUGGGCGCCGCAGCGGAGACGGUCUAGUGGAGGAGUUCAGUGACGUCUUCAAGGCGGUCGAUAGGAGUUCGAGGACGAACCGCGGCAGGGGCGGAGGCGAUGGGUACGAGGAACUACGGGAGAGAGGCAAGAAGAAGAGCGUGUUGGAGAGAGCGAGGAGCGCUGGCUCAAGGGUGGACCUCGAUGCGGAUACGGAACAGGGGGCGGAUAGGAAAAGAAAGAGGAGCAGGUUCGAGAUGGACAUUAAGUCGGCCAAGCGUCGCGCGAAUAGUCGUGCAAGGAGAUGA